CGCAAACGUCAAACGCGUGUACGCGUAUCAAAGCAAGGAAGAGGUUCGAGAAAAAAAGUGAUAAGCAGUUCAAGUUCUACAAAUUUUAGUGAAAAUUCUUGGAAUAUUGUCUAAAUUUCGAAGAAGCUCCCCGUGGGACAUUCUCCCGACCCGACACGGACGAUCGGCAAGUGUGGCGGCAGCAUCGCCUGAUGCAAAUUUGAGUGGUUUCAGUCCAGAGGAAAGAAAAUCGAUUGCCGCAUAACGAAGAUGAGCAAACGUCAGAAUCUGUUGGCCAGCGGAGUUUUCCUGCUGGCAUUCCUGGGCCACCGGAGCACUGUGAACAGCGUCGAGCUGACGUUCGAACUCCCGGACAACGCCCGCGAGUGCUUCUUCGAAGAAAUCAAGAAAAAUCAGACGGCCACUCUGGAGUUUCAGGUUGUAACCGGAGGGCAAUAUGAUGUCGAUGUGCAGUUGGUCAGUCCUACUCAGGAAAUUCUCUACAAGCAAGUCAAGACACAAUUUGACUCGCAUCAAUUCACAGCUCAGGCCACCGGUAUCUACGCCGCGUGUUUUAGCAAUGAGUUCUCCACCUUUUCACACAAGCUCAUCUACAUGGACUUCCAAGUGGGCGACGAACAGCCCCUGCCGGGAGUUGACGAACACUCGACUGUGCUGACGCAGCUCGAGUCGUCGUCGCAGGAAAUUCACAAGAGUUUGAAUGCCAUCCUGGACUACCAGACUCACCACCGAUUACGGGAAGCUCAAGGUCGGAAACGAGCGGAAGAUCUGAACGAACGCGUUCUCUGGUGGUCCCUAACGGAGACCGUCGCCAUUCUGGUGAUAGCCAUUGGGCAGGUUAUCGUGUUGCGCAAUUUCUUCUCGGAGAAGAAACCAAGUCAGAUGAGCUACCAGCAGUUUAAGUAAACUUAAAUGCUGACUUCGAAAAAAAAAAUCGUUGUUCGUUAAAAAAACUAAAUCUGCAGAUAGACUGUUUCAGUUUGUUUAGGAGGUACCCUAGAGGUACGUUUCUCUCAAUUCGAUUGUUGCGAUUGUGCUCACACGCCACCACCGACAUUAAUUUGAUGAAGCCCCAUGCGCUACCUUUUUUGUUUUCUCAUCAACAAACCAAGUUUUCUAUGAGUGUGUGUAAAUUAGCUAUCGUGAAAUUGUGCAUAAAAAUAUUACUUAACAGUGUCACCGUUAAACACGGCCCAACCGUAGCUAAGGGAAUAUGGAUGAAAAAAAAAACCAAUAAAAUCGUGAAUACGAAAACUAGUAAUUGUAA